AUGCCGUCAAUAUCAACUAGAGAUGAAUGGAUCUUCUCCCAAGCAUCAUCCUCCCUGGAAGAUCUGGACAACAUCUUCGUAUCAUGCCACCUCGACGACGCUAUCACUCUUUGCCAUUAUCUCAACGGAGAGAUGAAUGCAAAGUCCGCCGCACGAUUGAUCACGACAAUUGCGAGGCGAGAAGUCAUAGACGACCCAGAUGCCAGAACCAUGACUGUAUUCAGAAUAAUGAGACUUCUAGCCGCAAGUUUGAUACAUUUCGAUCAAGAACACGAGAUGAUCCUGGGUCUGCUGCUCGCCAUCCAGGACCUACCAUGCGACGGGCGAAUACAUUGGUGGAAAUUACCCACCUUCACCUCACGCUGGUCAAACUGCUAUUCUGAACACAGAGACAUGGGUAAUCAAAAAAAUGUCGCCUUUUUCAAAAACGCUGGUUACUUGGAAGCGACGAUGUACCUCCGCGGCAUCUCUGGCAUUGAAGAAGAAUGGGCAUACGGAGUGAUCAAUCUAGUAUGCUUGGAGAUGGAAGAGUUCGAAUUUGAGAUUCAUCAGGUUUGCGAAUGGCUCAAAGUAGCCGGAUCAAAAUUGGUCGAAACUCUACAGCCAGCGAAGCUCAAAGUUUUCGACAGAGCUGUGCGGGGGCGGAGUAACAAGACUUACAUGAUAGAGGUUACCAUGUAUGAGCACUGGGAGCACUGGAAGAAGAGAUUCUUACAAGUCAGUCACGACGAGGAUUUUCUUUCGACUGAGUCCAGACAGGUGGCAAAAGAGUGUCAUGAGAUUAUGAAGGGCCUUGUCGUUGAGCAACCCGAUCCUCCUACAGAGGAAUGA